AACCUUUCAUUGGGGGCAUUGAGCUUAAUCGAUACCCGCUGCCGACGUUACUCGGACCAUUCAAUAAACGAGCAGCUAUUGAGCUCGUGGAUCGCAGCUCGGAGAAGUGAUCCGUUUGCGAUCGUUUCUGGUACAGGAGGGUGGAAAGCCAGAAAGUGUCCUUAGCGGUGGAUGAAUUCGCCUUGAUUUCCGUUGGCCGGAUUAUUCAGUGAACAUAAGUGUCGUUAAUUCACAAGUCCGCCGAAAGGUGGUGGAAAAUGCGACUUGCACCUCGCCCGGGGCGACGGUGAAUCUGUGCACUUACUCCUGGCCACAGCCGAGCCUUACGAAUAUGUUUUCUUCCAUCCGAUUUGGUGAUUUGAGUCCGGCCGAUAUUGCAAAAGUGAUCGACGCAUCAUCUUUAGUUCCAUACCAGCCGCGAUGGUCUCCUCCGGACGUAUCACUAAAACGGCCAAGUAUAGUAUUCGGGUCCAUAGUUGUUAUCAGGAGUCCGGACCAAGCCAUGAAUCCUGCACUCAGUUCACCAGUUGUAAUCGGUCCAGCCAGUUCUGGCACGACUAGUGCAUCGUUAAAGGACUUGGAUUCUAUCGUCAACUCGGGUGCGGCUGACAACACAACUGCUUUUCAGUCUGUUAGAGAGGAGGUUUACCAUAGAUCUAAAAGUGGCCAAGUUUCUGAGAAACGCAGUACGGCUGAAGGGGCGAUUGAUACUGUGUCCUCUCGUCCAUCGGUGAAGGAGAUGGACGGAAGUAUACCCUAUUCACAAUCAGUGACAGAUAAUUCGGCAGCCAUUCGCCUCUCGUCCAAGGCUGACAGCUCCGAUCUUGCAAAUGGUCACAUAGUGAGUGAGGUCGAUACUACCGAGCCCAUCUCACCUGCUGUAGAAGGUUCUGGUGUCCAGAUGGACCCGGACGUGGACGUACAAAAAGAGAUGGAAAUUGGAGCUGCAGAAGUUACCACUCGAGACCAAGAAAGAGGCGCUCCACCGACUGAGACACCAACGGAACCGAGUAGAGAAACGGAAACGCAGCCUGUGUCACCUGUCAAAGCUGCUCAUCAAAGUUGGGCCGAUCUCUUGAAGAAGCAUUCUGGUACAACCCCAAAUGGAGUACCGCCACGGGAGACUCUGUCAAAAGGGUCCAAGGGUAAACGCAGCCCUGCAGAUGUUCUGAAAGAUUUGACAGUAUCAUAUCAAGGCACUCUCAUACGACCCCGAGGCUUGAUUAAUAACGGCAAUAUGUGCUUCAUGAACGCUAUCCUACAGCCAUUGGUUCACUGUCCUCCGUUCUACAAUUCGUUCAAGAAGCUUUCGAAAGAAUUGACGCAUAAUUUUAAAGCUAAAUCGUCCCUCUUGAGUGCAAUACUGAUGUUUCUGAACGAGUUCCGAGAAGAUGAACCGGGAAGACAGUUGGACCUACCAGAUGGAGAUGAUGAGGAUGCCUUCGCUCCAGAAUAUGUUUAUGACGCCCUUCGAGCUAUGAAAAAAAUAGAAUCUGUCAAGGGUCGGCAAGAAGACGCAGAAGAGUUCCUUGGUUUCAUCCUCGAUGGGCUACAUGAGGAGCUUCUAAGUCUGCAAAAAGCCCAUGGGCCUGUGAAAGUCAAUGGACACGCAUCAGAAGGCGAUUCCAGCUGGGUAGAAGUUGGCCGAAAUAAUAAGACGCUCGUGACUCGAAGUACCGAAAUUGUAGAAUCUCCAAUAUCCCGAAUUUUCGGUGGACGAAUGCGAUCUGUAUUAAAAUGCCCCGGCAGAAAAGACUCAAUCACUUUGCAACCAUUUCAGGCUCUUCAGCUGGACAUCACGCCAGCGAACGUUAGAACCAUUGAAGAUGCCUUAAUCAAUUUGACAGCGGCCGAAACUCUGGAAGGCUUCACCUCCCCGACGAAGGGCAACAGGGGCGACGCAGUUAAGCAGAACUAUCUGGACAGCUUACCACCGAUUCUCAUCUUACAUUUGAAGCGUUUUGUGUACGAUAAUGUCAGUGGUACUCAGAAAGUGCAUAAACAUGUUGAGUAUCCGAUGGCACUCAAGAUACUUUCAGAAAUAAUGUCCCCAGCUGCGAGGGCAGCAUCGCAAUACCUAGAAUACCGAUUGUUUGCGGUCGUAUACCAUCAUGGACGUUUGGCGGCGGGCGGCCAUUACACGUGCGAUGUGCAGCGACAGUCCGGCGAGUGGUUGCACCUUGAUGAUGCACAAAUAUCGCCAUGUCGACCGGACGAUGUAGUGCGGGAACAAAAAGAUCGUCAGGCAUACAUGUUAUUUUAUUGUCGAUCUUAAUCGAUGGAUGUACAAAUUUUACAACUGUAACAUUGGAAACAGAACCCCAAAAUAUCAUUUUUCAACCUUAGACAUGCUGGUAACCAAACCCGAUCAAAAAGACAA